AAAAUAUUUCGAGUAUAUAAAGGAAAAUUUUACACUCAGAGCUACACAAUCGCAGCAAGCUUUGAAUAGUCAGUAUAUUAACCAGAAAUAUGAGGACCAUUCCACUUCUGCUUGCUCUUGCCUUUGUAGUUGCAGUUUAUGGCGAACCUGAACCUGGAGUUCAUAGAGUCACUGGAAAAUAUAUAACUCAUGUUCAUCAUUACAAAAUACCUGCAAAAGGUGGUGCAGGUGGAGGAGGAGGUGGUAGAGGACCUCCAGGAGGAGGCGGACGCGGCAGAUCAUCAAAAGGAGGUGGAGGAAAAGGAGGCAAAACAGGAAAAUGUCAACAGGGAGGUGUUACUGGACUUGCCAACAGCGUGAACAAGGCAGGACAGAAUAUUUUGGGAGGAGGUAAGUAAAACUAGUCUUUUUCA